AUGGUGAUUUUAUCUGCUAAUAUUGCUAAGGUCAAGAAAUAGUUGAUUGUGCAAAAUGCCUUUAGCCAGGAUGCUAAUAUAACAACAGAUACUUUGAAAUGUCUUGAGUUAAAGUAAAGGGUACUUGAAAUAUUGUAGAAUGAUGAUAGGAUAUAUUAUGUCUGUCAAGUAUGCCAAGAUUCAAGAAAAAUAGAUAUUAUUUGUGACUUAGAAUUGACAGAUCCGCUGAAUAAUGUUGAUUUAGAAGAGGAAAUAGAUUUCCAAAAAAGUAUUUGCUUAGUAAAAUUUCAGUAGACAAGCUAUUAUCACUCAGUAUGGCUAAAUUUUGAUACUGUAGAAGAUCUAGCUAAAUAGAAAUGCUCAGGAUUUAUUAAAAAAUAUCAACUAGAUACAAAUGAGGAUUACAAAUUAUAUUUAGAGUAGAUGAGAAAUGAUAGUUGUGGGGAUAACUUUCACAAUAUUUUAGUUCAAUCAUUGAUACCUGAGAGAAUUUUAGACUAAUACAAAAAAGAUAAUUGGCAUAGAGAAUUUUAAACUUGGUGUCCUUAAGCGAGAGUUAUUGUUUACACAUCAGACCAAAAAUCUAGAUCUAUUUGCAAAGAAAGAGAGUUCUUUUAUAAGAUAUAUGAUUAGAAAUAAUAAUCAUUAGGCACAAAAUAAUUGAGAAGUUUAAAAAUGCCAAUGUUUAAUGUAAUAUUAACAUCCUACCAAAUAAUUCAAAACGAUUUUAAAACUUUUGCAGCCAUUGAGUGGAAGUGUAUUAUAAUUGAUGAAGGAUAGAGAUUAAAAUCUAAUGAAUCUAAAAUAUUCAAGUUAGCAAGCUUGCUUUAAACUGAACAUAAAAUUCUUUUAUCUGGAACUCCUUUAUAAAAUAACAUACAAGAGCUAUUUAAUUUGCUUGAGUAUUUAGAUCCAUAGAAAUUUAGUUAAAAAUUUAGAGAUGAAUUUCAAUUAAAACAUCAAAACUCAAUAAUGGUUCAAGAGGGUUCUCAUGGACGUAUAUUAAAUAACAAAAAGAAUUCUUAAAAUUAAAUUUCUGCUAUUGAUGCUACUAGUCCAUCUACAAAUGAUAAAAGUAAUUAAAGUUCUUAAGAAAAGAAAGAUAUAUUGACACCUGAGUAAGAUCUAGAUAUCGAUUUAGAGAAAAAUGCUUUAAUUAAACUUUAAGAACUACUUAAACCUCAUAUUUUGAGGAGAUUUAAAAAAGAUGUCUUAAAGAAUUUCCCAAAGAAAAAAGAGGUUAUAAUUAGAGUUGAGAUGACUUAGAGGUAAAAAUAGAUAUCCAAAUGUUUAUUGCAAAAAAAUUUCGAAGAACUAUCAAUUUUUGAGAAGUAAAAAUCAUCUGCUAAAAUUCAAAUUAAGUCAGUUAUGAAUAUAUUAAUGUAUCUGAGGCUUAUAGCUAAUCAUCCUUUCUUGUUAACAGAAUUAUACGGAUCAGAAAAUUUUAGGUAAACUCAUCUAAAUAAAGGUCAAAUACUUUAAUCUAAAGAUUCUAUGGUCACAAUUGAUGAUUAUAAAAAAGAUUCAGGAAAAAUGAUAUACUUUAACCAAAUGGUCGAUAUUUUAAUAGAAAGAGGCCAUAGGCUCUUAGUUUUUUCAUAAUUCAAAGGUACACUAGAUAUCCUUUAGGACUUUUUGAGGAUUAAAAAUAUUUAAACUUUGAGAUUGGAUGGCUCAACCUAAACUCAAAAAAGACAAAGAUUGAUUGAUAUGUUUAAUAAACUUGAUUCUCAAGUUAAGAUAUUUUUACUAUCAACAAGAGCAGGUGGACUAGGUAUUAAUUUGACAACUGCGGAUACUAUUAUCAUUUUUGAUUCAGAUUUUAAUCCACAUAAUGAUAUUUAAGCAUUUAAUAGAGCUCAUAGAAUAGGAUAGAAAAACAAUGUUAUGAUUUAUAGGCUUGCAUGCAAAAAUUCUGUAGAAGAAAGAAUGCUAGAGAUAGCUAAACAUAAGUUGAUGUUAGAUAAAAUAAUGAGUCAUCAAUAGAAGUAAAAUUAAAAUUAAGAAAGUAAUACUCUAUAUGAAAUAUUGAAAUUCGGGACUAAAAAGUUAUUUGAAGAUGCAGAUGAACCGGAAGAAAAUUAUUAAUAUGUAAUAGAUGAAGAAUAGAUAAAAAAUGUUCUUAAUAGAGAAAAAUAAUUUAAAGAAUUAGAAGAAGAGGAAAAUUAGAUAGAUGAUGAGGAUGCUUGA